CUUUCUGUGCCUCCGCGCUGAUGGGCUCAGCUUUAUCCAGGGCUGUAAUCCCCCGUGCUCCGGUAAUUAAAAACUCCGCAUUACAAGGAAAACGGUGUGCAGGGAAAUGUAAUCAAGUCUGGAGGGGCUUAACCAUCUGCUAAAGGUUAGAACCGGCGCGGUGGGGGACGCGGCCAAGGGAUUUAGCAGCCGCUGCGAUCCGGGCUCCUCUUAAUCUACCGCAGCAUCUGCGGGGGUAAUACCGGUGCCUGGGGCAGCGAUCGGUCUCGCCGGAGGUUCCAGCGCCGUUAGCGAGACCUCCCCAGGAUUAGCCUCCCAGGGGCGUCUCGAGGCUCCGGUGGAACCGAUUCUGGUGUGACACCGGAUUACAUUCCCUCCACGGUGCCUGCAGGGAAAGGGUUAAGUGGCUCCGGGCAGUACUCCCCCCCCCCCCUUCCCGCCCCCGGAAGCCCGAAACUCUUUGGAAGCUCAAAGGGCGAGCGAAGGCGAGAGGCGAGACGCGGCGGGGAGUCUCCGGGAGGGCUGCGGGGCCAUGGGGGCCGGGGCAGGUUCCGGGCCGGGGAGGCUCUUCCUCCGCUCCCUCCUCUUCCUCCUGCUGUGCGCGGCCCCGGCGGGCGGGCAGCUGCGCUACGCCGUGCCGGAGGAGCUGGAGCACGGAGCCUUCGUGGCCAACCUGGGCGAGGACCUGGGGCUGGACGUGUCCACUCUGUCGGCGCGGCGGUUCCGCAUCGUGUCGCGGGCCGGCGCCCGGCAGCACCUGGAGGUGAACCUGGAGAACGGGAUCCUCUUUGUGAACGAGCGGAUUGAUCGGGAGGAGGUGUGCGAGGCCGGGGACACCUGCCUGCUUCACCUGCAGCUCCUUGUGGAGAGCCCGCUGGAGCUCUACCGCGUCGAGGUGGAGGUGCUGGACAUCAACGACCACGCGCCCACCUUUCCGUGGCAAGAAUACGCGCUGGAGGUGGCCGAGUCCGCCCUGCUGGGCGCCCGCUUCCCGCUGGAGAGCGCCCACGAUCCCGACGUGGGUUCCAACUCGGUGCACACGUACCGCCUCAGCCCCAACGCCUUCUUCUCGCUCGAGGUGCAGACGCGCAGCGACGGCAGCAAGUUCGCGGAGCUGGUGCUGGAGCGGGGGCUGGACCGCGAGCAGCAGCGCACACACCGGGUGCUGCUCACGGCCCUGGACGGCGGCGUCCCCGCGCGCUCGGGCACCGCGCGAGUCCUCGUCACUGUGCUGGACGCCAACGACAACGUGCCCGCCUUCGACCAGCCCUCCUACGGCGUCAGCCUGCCCGAGGAUGCCCCCGCCGGCACCCUGGUCAUCCAGCUCAACGCCACCGACCUGGACGAGGGUCCCAAUGGGGAGAUCGAGUACUCCUUCAGCGGCCACGCGCCGCCGCGCGCCCGGGAGCUCUUCCACAUCGAGCCCCGCAGCGGGCAGGUGCUGCUCAAGGGGCCCCUGGACUACGAGCGGGCGAGUCUCCACGAGCUCUACGUGCAAGCCAAGGACCGUGGGCCUUCGGCCGUGGCUGUUCACUGCCGAGUGCUCGUGCAGCUCCUGGACGUGAACGACAACGCGCCGGAGGUGACCCUCACCUCCGUGUCCACGCCCGUACUGGAGGACGCCCCGCCGGGCACCGUCAUCGCCGUCAUCAGCGUCCUGGACCGAGACUCGGGCGACAACGGGCGCGUGAGCUGUGAGGUCGGCCCCGACGUGCCCUUCGAGCUCCGCUCCUCCUUCCGCAACUACUACACGCUGGUGACCACGCGGGCGCUGGACCGGGAGGCCGUGGCCGAGUACAACGUGAGCAUCACGGCGCGGGACAUGGGCUCCCCGGCGCUGCUCACCCGCAGCACUCUCACCGUCCCGGUAUCCGACGUCAACGACAACGCCCCGCGCUUCCUCCAGCCCUCCUACAGCGUCUACGUGAUGGAGAACAACGCGCCGGGCGCCUCCAUCUGCUCUGUCAGUGCCUCAGACCCCGACUGCCAGCAGAACGCCUACCUGUCCUACUCCAUCGCCGACGGGCACAUCCAUGGCAUGCCUGUGGGCACCUACGUGUCCAUCAACUCGGACAGCGGGCACAUGUACGCCCUGCGCUCCCUGGAUUACGAGCAGAUCCGCAGCUUCCAGGUCCAGGUACAGGCGCAGGACGCGGGUUUCCCCCCGCUCAGCGCCAACGUCACCGUCCACGUCUUCGUGCUGGACCAGAACGACAACGCUCCCGUCAUUGUUUCUCCGACGCCGCGCAACGGCUCCGUGGCCACCGAGCUGGUGCCGCGAUCUGCCCGGCCUGGCUACCUGGUGGGCACGGUGUCGGCGGUGGAUGCGGACGCAGGGCUGAACUCGCGUCUCUCCUACCAGCUGCUCCAGGCCACUGACUUCACCCUCUUCAGCGUGGCACCAGACACAGGGGAGCUGCGCACCCUCCGCUCCUUUCUGGAGCAGGACGCGACCCGGCAGCAGCUGGUGGUGCAGGUGCGGGACAGUGGGCAGCCAGCCCUCUCUGCCACCGUGUCCCUCCUGCUGUCGGUGGUGGAGACCAUGCCUCAGACUCUCUCAGACUUCAGCGAGUUCAGCCUCCCUCCGGAGACCACCUCAUCGUCCCCAUUCACCCUCUACCUCCUCGUCUCCCUGGGCUCCAUCUCCUUCACUUUUCUCCUCGCCAUCCUCAUCCUCACAGCUGUGCGGUGCCGUGGGGCCCGGCGCUCCCUCCGAGGCGAGGGCUGCUCGGCAACCCGCUGCCACUGCUGCCCUGGGGCCAGACAGUCCUCCGACGGCCUGAAGACGUCCAACCUGACGGCUCAGCCCGCUGCCGGGACCAGCGCUGCCGCGUGCCUCGACGUGCCCGGGGGUGGCCCCCCGGGCUACUGCUACAAGGUCUGCCUGGGUCCUGAGUCAGCCCAGAGUGACUUCAUGUUCCUCAAACCCUGCAGCCCUCCCCGAAACAACGAGAAGGGCCCCAGGAAGUGGUCCCAGCUGGGACAGCACCUCCAGGUAUCCAACCAGAUGAAGCAGCCCAACAUGGACUGGCUGCCUCCAGGCACACAGCGACCUGCCCUGAAGAGCUCCCAGAGCCUGGAGGAUGUGGGGGAAAUCCACAGAGCCCUCCAGAAGGAGCAUGAGAGGCUGUGCACGCUGGUGACCCCUGUCUCUGAAUUUCAGAAGGCUUCAGCAGGCACCAACAGCAUCUGGACUCCCCAGUGCAGCCCCUUGUACCCAGGGCACAUCCCAGCCCUGGAUUAUCAGCACAACGUCUACAUCCCUGGCACCCCCACGCUGCUUUCCAGCAAAGAUGGGCCCCUCUUCCUGGGCCAGGAGAACAAGAACAGCUUCUCCACCUUUGGCAAGAGGAAGAAGAUGCCAACUUACUGCGACAUGCAUGACAGUGUGGUUAUCAACAACGACUUGAAGUAGUGCCUGGUGCUGGGCCUGGGUGGCUCUGCCAGUCACCCACUCACUCUGCCCAUGGCACACGGCUCCGGGCACGGACACUCGGGCUUUGUGGGGCUUUGGGGUAGUGGCUCACCAGAUUUAGGGGAGAAACAGACUGAGAAGGGUUAAGGAUGGGGAGGAGAGGUGUUUCUCCCAGCUCACCCCACAUUGCUGUGUUGGCAGCAGGUGCUAUUGGGGGUCCCAUAGGACCAGACUGAAGCAAAUCUGUCUCGAGUUUCCCCGUUUCCAGGUCCCCUCAGGGACCGUCCAUCUCUGUAAACGUCGUCACUUUGUUGUCUUGUCCUGCUGUAUGAACGUUCUGAUGAGCUGCAUGCCUGUAUUUCUGUUGCAGUAGGCAUGGAAAAUGUACUGAGACUCAAGCCUGGUUGAGUCCUAGUUGACCCUGACCCUAUACCCUGGCGCAUUGACUGUUGCUCUCUCUGUCCCCCAGAUCCCCUGGGAUGUGUUGCAUGUCCAGAGCAGCCGUUGGUGUCUGUCUUCUCUGGGAAGUGAGUCCAAAGCCCAGCUAUUAUGGGUGCUUCCCUUCAAACCCUGAGCCAACACUCUCAGGGCUGGAGCCCCAAAGCCAAGGGCAGAGCUGGGGCCAAGGGCACAGCCAGGCUCUGCUCUGGCAGCAGCACGAGCUGGAGCACACACACACUUGGAUGGCCAGAAGAGUUGUUGGCUCAAGCAGCUGAGAGAAGCCCAAGGUGAGGCCCUGCUGAGUAACUCUAUAGCCCAAGGCAACAUCAUUGGGAUGAAAGAGUUUCUAGCCGAGGAGCCCCAAUACAUGUGACAAUCCUCUUCCCUCCUCACUCUGCCCUCACCUGAAACUCUGUUAACCCCAAGUCCUGAGUGCCUGGAGGAAGCCAUGUGCUGGGGUCCACCUGUGUAGGACAAACAGCUCCCACUGCAUCCUGCUUCUCUUGCUGGCUGGCAGGAGCCCUCAAGGACAGGACUCCAGCCCUGGAACAGUCCCCUGCCCUGCUCACCCUACACCUGUCCACCCAGUCUGUCUGCCGCCGAUGCCAAUUGCUCCUGUCACAGGACAGUUCAUUUCCAGUCCAUCUGUGCAGAACACAGCAUCUCUUUCUAAACCAAGUUUGUUUCACAAUGUCUGAUUUGUACCAAUAAAUUGUAUUUUA